GUCGUCCGUAUAAAUCUCCCACCGCUCUCGAUCAUCGCCACCGAUCAGCGCUCGUGAUCGAGUUCUACCAUUACACCGAUGGCGACCGUUGUAGCAGCAUCCGCUCUACGUCCUUCCGUCUUCUUCUCCGGCCAACCGCAGCGCCGGCCUCUGACGGCGGUGUCGCUUCCACCGCCCGCGCGACUCCGGAGACUCCACGUGUCUGCCACUGCGGCGGUGCCGCAGAGCAAGGAGAAAAACGAUGCCGGUGCUACCUCGUCCAUCGACGUCCGCGUCGACAAGAACGGCGCCGCGAUGGUGAGGCAGCGUCCUCGCCGGUCGGCGUUCGACGCGGCGCCGUUCGGGCUCGUCGACGCGAUGUCGCCUAUGAGGACGAUGAAGAUGAUGCUGGACACGAUGGACCGGCUGUUCGAGGACGCCGUGUCGUUCCCGGGGAGCAGCACGGGGGAGAUGCGGCCGCCGUGGGAGGUCAUGGAGGACGAGAAGGAGAUCCGGAUGCGGUUCGACGUCCCGGGGCUGUCGAAGGAGGACGUGAAGGUGGCCGUGGAGAACGACGUGCUGGUGAUCAGGGGCGAGCGCAAGGAGGAAGAAGGGGAAGAGUCCAAGUGGAAGGGUUGGAGCGCGAGCUCGUAUGAUUCCAGAUUCGUGCUGCCGGAUAACUGCGACAAGGAGAAGGUGAGGGCGGAGCUCAAGAACGGCGUGCUGCUGGUGGCGAUCCCGAAGACGGCGACGGAUCGCAAGGUGAUAGACGUCGAAAUCCAAUAAAGAUGGUGAUAUGAAGUAGGAGUGUGUAUGUAAGUCAUAAAUGAAGUCUCUGUUCUCGAAACAGGGGAAAUCAGUGUGGUUUACUGAUAUUACCAUGUGAAUAAAAAUGUGUGCAUAAA